UUACAAAAUUUCAUAUUUUUUUAUCAAUUAUACAAGUAUAAAGUAAUUAGAACGUGUGAAAAAUAGUAUUUUAAAUUACUGUGUUUUUUUAAUAUGUGAUGGAUCGGAUCCUUUACUAUCUUUAAGUACAGUGGUUGACAUUGAUGUGUUUACGGGUUGUAAUAUGUGCAUUGAAGACAACUUGCACACCCGCUUCACAACCAUGGUGUGUGUACGGUGACGAGUGCAGCCAACUCAGUUCCGACAUUACUUAACACAAGAUAUUACUUUAUUAGACAUUAACAUGUGACUUUUACUGUGAUGUGACGGUUUACACACCUCAAAGUAAUCAGUGCCUUAGACUUUAUAUACUUUAUAUUGAAUUUUAUACGCAUGCUGUCCAAUGGAUUCCGAAACUGCAACAACUAGUAACGUAAAAGUAAACAGAAGAGAGCGUAAAAAUGAAAAGAAAAAGAAAAUUGAAAGGUGCAAAGACGAUAAGGCGGACGAGACGUAUCGAGAGAUGAGCGCGCCGUCGCCGCCGCCACCGCCGCCGCCGCCACCGCCGCCGCCUGCGGACGACGCCAGCUCGGCCAGCUCCACCGACAGCGACGAGCUCGUCAACGCCAUCAAUUACAACACCAUCACAUCGCUGGCCGCGCUCAAGGACAUCAUCCAGGGCGACAAUAACGACACGCCGGAAACUGAUAGCUUCUUCCAGCACUACUUUAUGAACCAUUGUAAUAACCUUUCCAGUUUAAAUCCGAAUUCUAGCUCUACUUUCCCUUUUACGGAACGCCGCCGCCUAUCCCAGUGCCGGGAAGAAGAUGAAGAUGACGAGAAAAAAGAACCAGAUCUAGCCCUUUCGUCGUUAUACUCCGAAAGCGCUUCAAAUAGUAGUAUAGGAUCAAAAAAUCACAAAUCUAGAGAUUUAGUUGACAACACGCAUCACAAUGAUAAUUUAAAUUCUACGGAGAUUUCGUCUGAAAGCCGAGACUCCUCGGGAGAAGCAGUCGGUCCACCAAAACGGACGGUCAUGGGUGCUCGUCACAAAUUUUUAGUAACGACUGCAGAACCUCCGCUGCCAUCUGCCGUCGUAGAAAAAGCGCUCCGAUCACAAGUCCACAAUGCACAUACCGUACAUUUUGGCACCAAGGGAGCGGAAGAAAUAAGGCCUAGUGUGCGUUCUAUUUUCGCUGGCCAGAAUCUCCAUCACGAUAAAAAAUAUUUCGACAGCAGUCUCAUAGAAAUUAGAUCUACGGUGGAUGAAUCACCCACGAGUUCUGAAGAUAUAUGGGUUAAAAGAAGUGAAGAAAAGGAAAAGGAGGAGUCGACGAGUAACACGGGAGAAUCAGUAAAAGAUGGCAAUAUCCUUUCACCCGCUUCUAUCAGACGGAAAUCGCAAAUGCGAGACCGAUCCGGUACGUGGGGCUCCCAGGGAACUCGAUUUGAGAAAGAACCUGCGAAGAAAACACAAUUCCGCAAAGACAAAGAUGUCCGACGCAGCAGUGAUGACAGGAGGCAAAAACGAGAGCAACGGCUGGAUGCGGCGAUCACGCGCAGCACGCAGUCGGUCGGGGAGCGCAAGCGGCGCGCCUCCAACGAUGACGGCCAACCGCACCCUAUGUACCAGCAGACCAUACACGGUACAACCGGGGUGAGCCGCAGGCCGGCACUCUUCGACAUCUUCAAAACAAAGCCUCGCGGUGACACCAAGAAGCAGCCCUCAAUCAUAAAACAAGUGAAAGCUGCUGUGCAGAUCAUGACGAAGACCACCCCAAGUAAAGAUGCGAGUAAACCCGAGGAGACAAAGACGGAGGCAGGUCCGUCGGCGCCAGGCACGCCCGCGGUCAAGGCACGCGACGGCUCUGCUCAUCCACACCCCGGCAGCGACACCAGGUACUACCACACUGUAACCGCAUCAGCCACGAGGCGGCCCAGCGCGAUGACGAAAAUGAUGGACAUCUUCCGCGGCCGAGCGUCCGUGCCUGGUCAGGCCUUGCCGUUAGAUGGCGCUGAAAGGAGAAAAACGAGGACAUUGCAACAGCAUCAGCAUUUUGCAGGACAACAUUUGCGACGAGCAGCAUCGCAGGAGGCCGAAAAGCGAAGAGCGUCGCUCGGCAAUGUCACCACUCGCCACCGUGCCUCGGACGCCUUCCUUGACCCCCACCACGCCGCCAUACUGUUCCGAGACUCCAGAGGGUUACCAGUUGCAGAUCCAUUUUUGGAAAAAGUCAGCCUUUCUGACUUAGAAGAGGACGAGUCUCAGAUCUUCGUGAAGUUCUUCAAGUUUCAUAAAUGCUACGACCUGAUCCCCACAUCUGCCAAGCUCGUGGUUUUCGACACUCAACUGCUUGUCAAGAAGGCGUUCUUCGCGCUCGUCUACAACGGUGUCCGCGCGGCGCCGCUGUGGGACUCGCAGAAGCAGAAGUUUAUCGGCAUGCUGACCAUCACGGACUUCAUCAAGAUCCUGCAGAUGUACUACACCAGCCCCGACGUCGCCAUGGAGGAGCUCGAGGAGCACCGCCUCGAGACCUGGAGACAGGUUCUGAAAGGGUCGUCGCUGGUGUCCAUUGGGCCCGACUCGUCGCUGUACGACGCCAUCCGCAUCCUCAUCUCCAACCGCAUCCACAGGCUGCCGGUCAUCGACCCCGAGACCGGCAAUGUGCUCUACAUACUGACACACAAGAGGAUAUUGAGAUUCCUUUUCCUUUACAUAAAUGAGUUGCCGAAGCCGUCGUACCUGCAGUGCAAGGUGCGCGAGCUGCAGAUCGGGACGCUGCGUGACAUCGAGACGGCCACCGAGGACACGUCCAUCAUCGACGCGCUCAGCAAGUUCGUCAACCGGCGAGUGUCCGCGCUGCCGCUCGUCGACGCCGAGGGUCGCCUUAAGGAUAUAUACGCCAAGUUCGAUGUCAUUAAUUUAGCUGCAGAAAAAACUUACAACAACUUGGACGUGUCCCUUAAAACGGCAAAUGAACAUCGAAACGAGUGGUUCGAAGGUGUUCAGAAAUGUACGCUGGACGAGACUCUAUACGAGGUCAUGGAAAGGAUAGUACGGGCCGAGGUGCAUCGUUUAGUAGUCGUAAACGAGGAGGACAAAGUAGUCGGCAUUAUUUCCCUUUCGGACUUGUUGAUGUAUCUCGUCCUGAGGCCCACGGGCGAGUGUGGCGGCAGCGGCACCAGCCUGCGCAACGAGCAGUCCAUCGAAGAACAAGACGAAACCGGUCGGGAGGCAAACUGCAAUAAGCCCGCUGACGUCGCCGUCGAAGCGGAGGAAGUGGCGCCUGAAGGUGACGAGGGCGGCGGGGGCAGCGGCGGGGAGCCGGCCCGCGCCGACGCCGUCCUCGAACACGACCCGGCCCUAGUCGAGUACGACACCGGACCGACCAGCGACCAACUCCAGCAGCAGUAAAGCCAAUGUGAUUUAUUUUCAUCUAGUUAGCUUAAGUUUCGUACCGUUGGAGGCAACGCUUCCGACUGCGAUUGUCGAGCGGUGGUAACUGUUUACAAAACGGUUGUGAUUUGAGGUCAAGUUAUUAUCGAUCGUAUCGUUAAUAUCUGGCAGUUGCUUAUGAUCGUCGCUCAUUUAUAUUAUUUUUUGAUACAAAUGGUUUACCCCUGACUAAUAAUGAUGUACGUGUAGACGAACAAUAUAUAUAUAUAUAUAUAUAUAUAUAUAUAUAUACAUACAUUUAUAUUAAGUGCCUCGUUUAAUCAACUUUACAAUCGUAACAAUAUGACAAACACGACUAAUUUGUAGAAAUGUUGUGAACAGGUAUAUUCAACUUUACACAAUAUUGCUCAGUUCAGUACAGCUUCUAAGUAAUUAAAUACCGGAAUGCACCACAACAUAACGUAAUAAUUAAUACGAGGGCAAGUCUGUACAAGGUUUGUUUCAUUUUUACGAAAUAGUCAGUUUCCUUUAAGUUUUUAAGCAAAUAAUUGUCAUUCAAUCAUGUACAAUUACAUAUAUCUAUUUGUCAAUGACAUAUUUGAAGGUAGUUUGUAGUAACUAGAACAUCUGUAGAGUGGUAAUUGUAUUUAUAGAUUGUAACGUUUAUUGAAUAAGGCCCAGGUCGCAUCUCUGAAUAAUAUACAUAUUUUGUAGCUUCAUAUUUUAUUUUUGUCUUAGAUUUUAUUUUUAGUAUUUAGGGUGGUAUUUAUGUAUAUUUCACUUGUGCUUAGACAUAGACAGCUCAACCGGUGUGUCUCCUUUUAGUUUAGGUUAAUUAUGCUCAGUCGGCAUUGUCGCUCGCGCGAGAAUAUUUCAAUGUGGUACUGAGUACACGUUGCAUGACAACUACAUUGCAUCAUGUAUUGGUAUACAUUGUUUGUUAUCUCUACCAAAUCAAACUAAAUUUAGUACGUUUGCAUUCUAAUAGAUUUUUGACGAAAAUAAAUUUGGUUUAUGAUGCCAGUUAUGGGCAGUGCAAUAAAAUGAGUGGCUAUACUGUUAGGCUUUUUUGCCAGUCGCACUUUUUAUGAUUACUGUAGCAAUAAUGUAUGUGUUCUUAAUGCAAUAACGCCACACGUCUCAUUGAAUAAAAAGAAAGCAGUACCUAAAUUGUAACGCGUUUAUUUUCAUUUCUCUACUUAUUACCAACGUAAUAUACCUAUUAUUUAGUUACUCUACAUAUAAUUUAUAAAGACAUACUUCAUUACUGUUAAAUUUAAUAAAGUGACAUAUUAUGUACAUAUGAUACUUCAAAUUAUGACAAGUUUCUGCUAGAAAACUUACCGUAUUUACCGUAGACAAGUGAGAAAUAUAUGGUUUAAUCUGUUCAAAACUAUUUAAUGAAAGUAAAUUAUGUAAUCGAAAAUAAUAGUAUAGAUUUGGUAUGGUACAAUUCAUAAUUUGAGUUAUUAUUUAAAAAGUUAUCUGGUAAUGCCAUACCCGGUUUUAUUAUUACCUAAUUGGCUUUCCCUACAUUGUUCCCGGCAGUAACCUUGUAAUUUGGUUUAAUAAAGGUGUACAAUUAAGUUGCUGUAGUAGACAUACUAAUCGUAGUAAAAUAUUUUUUUAUCAUAAAUUAACAUCCAUAUUGUUGAAUACAAAUCCACAUUUUUGUGUUAUAAGUGAGUCUAUAAAUCGUCUUCCGAUCAAAGAGAAUAACGUCGUGAUGAGGCCAUUUACUCUGCUUUUGAUAGAUACUAAAUUAGCAAUUAGCAUACUAGUGUGCGUAUUUUUCUAAAAAUUAUAUAUACGUUUGUUGUGAAACAAGUAUUGGGUUUCAAAUUAGAGUUGUUACGGAGACGAAACUACUAACUUAGUAUUAGUAACUGUACAUGUAAAUAAUAAAGUCGGUAGUAAGCUAAAUCCUUGUCAUGUAAUCAUUUAUAAAAUCACAACACUGUAACAGGCUCAAACUACAAAACCUGACCGUGACAGUUUAUUCAAUACGUAAGUAUGUAUGUAAAAUAAAAAACUUACCAUUUAGUGUUAUAAUUGUUAUAAAGUUUCAAGUAGAACAUUAAACAUUGAAAUGAUUACAGAUGUAGCUAGUGCAAAAUGUCGUUCCCUCGUAUUUUAACGGAAACUCCAAACGCUACUUCGGUCAACGUUACUUCUUGUGCUGACACUAACUGAAAUAACAUGACACUUUCGCGAGUUCCCGUGCAAAUAUGAAGACAAAAACAUUCGCACUACAUCUGUACUAUAUUCUGUUAACAUAUUCAAUAAUAUGUAGGUACCUGUACUAGGUGUACUGUAUCAACCUUUAUACAUACAUUAUUUGAACGUUCCAAAAUAAGUUUAUAUUUUUUAUAUUAAUAGCGUUCCAGAUCACAUAUAAAUAUAACCGAGCGUUGUGCCCUCGUCGUGCCGAUGCGUACAAAAUAUGGAUGGUUAGAUUGAAUUCUUCUCAAAUGUGUAAAUGAGAAUUGUAUUUGAUGUGUUUUAACGAAUUAUAUCAACAAUAAAAUAAUACUAACGUACCUAUAUCAACAACCUAUUUUAGUCUUGUAUCAAUAGCGAUCGACUUUAACAUGUGUGAUGAUGAUGAUGAUGAUGGAAGUAGUUGUUAAAUUAGAUAUUUAUUUAGUACCGCGGACUCGGUCGCCCCUUCGCGGCCGGCUCGCGGUCAUCCUCACUUGUUCUGCAAGUAUUAUUGAAUGUGUUAUUAAUUUAUGACUAGAUUAAUAUGUUGGCAUUUAAUCUUUUUGAUGCCGAACACGGGUGAUGACACUGAUGACCCUUUAGAUAUUUACUUGUUACCUAUUGUUGUUUUUAAUUCGUGAUAUAACACACUGGAUACAAGUCAUGUAAUUUGUUAAAAAAGUGUUGGAAAGAAAAAAUACCGAGAUGUUUUAUCACGUGGUUAUAAUUAGCAAUAUGGCUAUGUAAGUCAAGUUAUGAAUAAAAUGCUUAGUAAAAGGUGUUCAAAAGGUUAACAUGCCACAAAGUGUUUGUAAACUCGGCGUUUUAUAAUUGAAUUUCUUAUAAAAUGGUUCAGCGCCGUCAGAGCCCACGAGUCCGCGUAAAGCCACAGUUGUUGGUAAGGGACUAAGUUUUCGAAUCCUUUAUUCUUUGUACAAUCAAAUUGCCAGAGUUUAUACGCACAUGUAUGGAAUUAAUCAUCUUACAAUAAAAUUUGAUUCCAAUAUGAAA